UUAUUCACAAAACUGACUCUCAGCCCGUCUCUGCCUUCACCCAAUUUCCGCGAACCUUCACUUCCUCUCUCUCUCUCUCUCUCUUUCUCGUGCUAUCUUUAUGAAGAAGCAUAAAAGUUCUCUUCAGGCAUUGAUCGGCCCGGGAGUUCUCUCUUAACGUGUACGACCUGGUUGCUUAAUCGCUCACGGUCUCCUUUUACGGGGGUUGGCAUUGAGAGCUUUGUGGUGCAUGGAGAAGUUUCUUGGGUUGACCAAUUUUUCAGAGGUUGAUUAUUCAUCUGGAUUAUCUUGUUAUCAUUAAGUUAUAGUCAUGAGCUACCAGCAAGAGAAGUUCAUGAGGUUUCAGGAUUGGAAGUCAGAGAAAAGUACUGAGGGGCAAUAUUCUGAGAAUUAUGGAAUGCAUCCAGGAAGAAUCAGAACGGCAAUAAGCUUGGUUUCAGAAAAAUUUCAAAGAGGCUUUGAAUCUAGUUCGGAGAGGAUAAAAAUGAUUAAACAAUCUUUUAAAUCCUAUUCAUUUAAGAGUUCUGCGGCUAAAGGCUGGGGUUCAAGGAAGAAAAUUCUUGAUCCACAGGGAUCAUUCCUUCAAAAGUGGAAUAAGAUAUUUGUACUCUCGUGUGUUAUUGCAGUUUCACUCGAUCCCUUGUUCUUUUAUGUCCCUGUGAUUAAUGAUCAGAAGAAAUGCAUUGAGUUGGACACGAGGAUGGAGAUCACAGCUAUUAUUUUGCGUUCUUUCACAGAUAUAUUUUAUAUACUUCAUAUUGUUUUUCAAUUUCGCACUGGUUUUAUUGCUCCCUCUUCUCGCGUAUUUGGAAGAGGUGUUUUAGUUGAAGAUGCUUGGGCAAUAGCAAAGAGAUAUCUGUCAUCAUACUUCCUGAUUGACAUCCUUGCAGUCCUUCCACUCCCACAGGUAGUAAUUUUAAUUAUCGUUCCACAUGUUGGAGGCUCAAAAUCGUUGAAUACAAAGAACUUGUUAAAAUUUGUUGUUUUCUUCCAAUAUGUACCGAGGUUUCUUCGAUUCUAUCCGUUGUAUAAGGAAGUUACAAGGACUUCUGGCAUACUCACACAAACUGCAUGGGCUGGAGCUGCAUUCAAUCUCUUUCUUUACAUGCUUGCCAGCCAUGUGCUUGGAGCCUUUUGGUACUUGUUCUCCAUAGAACGAGAAACCACAUGCUGGCAAAAUGCCUGUGGAAAUAAUACUACAUGCACCAACAGUUCUAUGUUUUGUGAUAACAUGACGAACAUGGACAUUUUUCUGAAUACUUCUUGUCCAGUACAGACACCAAAUACAACGCUAUUUGAUUUUGGAAUAUUCCUUGAUGCUCUUCAAUCUGGUGUAGUGGAGUCAACUGAUUUUCCACAGAAGUUGUUUUACUGUUUUUGGUGGGGCCUGCGAAAUCUAAGUUCUCUUGGCCAAAAUCUUGCAACAAGUACCUAUGUCUGGGAAAUCUGCUUUGCUGUUUUCAUUUCAAUUUCUGGCUUGGUAUUGUUUUCAUUUCUGAUCGGGAAUAUGCAGACAUACUUGCAAUCCACAACUACGAGAUUGGAGGAGAUGAGAGUCAAGAGGCGAGAUGCAGAACAGUGGAUGUCACACCGUUUGCUCCCUGAUGGUCUGAGAGAGCGGAUCAGGAGAUAUGAACAAUACAAAUGGCAAGAAACUAGAGGUGUUGAUGAAGAGAAUCUUCUCCGUAAUCUUCCCAAGGACCUGAGAAGGGACAUAAAGCGCCAUCUCUGUUUGGCGCUGCUCAUGAGAGUGCCAAUGUUUGAAAAGAUGGAUGAACAACUGUUGGAUGCAAUGUGUGAUCUUCUUAAGCCAGUGCUUUACACAGAGAAAAGCUGCAUUGUUCGGGAGGGAGACCCAGUUGAUGAGAUGCUCUUCAUCAUGCGAGGGAAGCUAUUGACCAUGACAACCAAUGGUGGAAGAACAGGCUUCUUCAACUCUGAAUAUCUUAAGGCCGGUGACUUCUGUGGCGAAGAACUUCUUACAUGGGCUCUGGAUCCCCACUCCUCAUCCAAUCUUCCCAUCUCAACAAGAACUGUCCAAGCCCUUACAGAAGUCGAAGCCUUUGCUCUAAAAGCGGACGACUUGAAGUUUGUAGCCUCUCAGUUUCGGCGGCUACAUAGCAAGCAACUUCGCCACACUUUCAGAUUUUACUCUCAGCAAUGGAGGACUUGGGCAGCUUGUUUCAUACAGGCAGCCUGGCGCCGCUAUAGUAAGAAGAAGCUUGAAGAGUCUCUCCGGGUGGAGGAGAAUAGGUUGCAAGAUGCGUUGGCCAAGGCUGGUGGGAGCUCACCAAGUUUAGGUGCCACCAUUUAUGCCUCAAGGUUUGCUGCUAAUGCGCUUCGCCUAUUACGGCGCAAUAGUACGCGGAAGGCAAGGGUGGCAGAUAGAAUCUCACCCAUAUUGCUUCAGAAACCAGCAGAGCCCGAUUUUACUUCUGAAGAACUAUAGGUGUACUACUUCUAGUGAUUUACAUGCUUGGUUUUGUUGUAUUAAGGGUGAAACUAGAAUUUUUCUACUUCCACACAGAGUAGUGGAAUUACAUUAUGGUAGAAAGUUGCAUUUAUUGGCCGUAUGAGGUCUGUGUAUAUUGAAAUGAUUCUUUUUUUUUCCCAGCCAUUCUGAAGUUUCAAUUUCAAACAACAUUAUGCUGCGUA